AACAGAAAGGAAGAAUGCACGAUUCAGUCGGCUGGUGAGAAACAGUGAUACACUGGUUGCUGCAGUAAUCAAGUCAUGAUUUUCAGGAAUAUUACGAAUAGCUCUUACAUGCAGAAAGUUUGCAGGUGGAGGAUCGACUGAUCCCAUCUCUCUCACUGGAGGUUUUCAAGCCGUGAUCGGACAAAGCCCCAAGCAACCUGCCCUUGUCCUGCUGCGAACGGGGGGCACGGGGCCCCUCCAGCUGGGAUAUAUCUCAUGAGCCAGCUAUCAAGAGACACCCUACUGUGCUGUGACGAAUGAAGGCAUUUUCAACCAUAAACAAGAGUUUUCCACCAUGUUCGGAAAGAAGAAGAAAAGGCUUGAAAUUUCUGGGCCCUCUAACUUCGAGCAUCGGGUUCACACUGGCUUUGACCACCGGGAGCAGAAGUUCACGGGACUACCUCAGCAGUGGCACAGCUUGCUGGCAGACACGGCCAACAGGCCAAAGCCUAUGGUGGAUCCCUCAUGCAUCACUCCCAUCCAGCUCGCGCCUAUGAAGACUAUUGUUAGAGGUAAUAAGCCUCGAAAGGAUACUUCAAUCAAUGGCCUGCUGGAAGAGUUUGACAAUAUCUCAGUGACACGAUCCAAUUCCCUGCGGAAGGAAAGUCCUCCCACCCACCACCAAGGAAACGCAAACCAUGUGUCAAGGCACCAGGAAGAAAAUGGUUAUAUCACGUAUUCCCAGUACUCCAGUGAAUCAGACACUACAACAGACUAUGUUGUGGAAAAAUACCAAGACAAGAGUCUUUACGGGGAAGAGUUAGACAGGUACUACAAAGGGAGCUAUGCUGCCAAGCAGAAUGGGCACAUGAUGAAGGUGACUUCCCGGGACAUCUAUUAUUCGGAAGUGACACCCCUGCAGUCGGACCUCGCCAAGUUCCUCCCAGAUUACCGUGCACACCUGGAGACAAAGCCCAAACCACUGGAAUAUGGUGGCCUAAAGCUGGAGUAUCAGCGGAUCCCCAGCGGAUCCUCCCUGGACUAUAGAGAUCCUUUUCCUUACACCCCGUCCCGAGCAUCAGUGCAGAGCGAGUGUCCCAAGGAGAGGCUGGAGUACAGCGACAGCGACUGGGGACAUGGUCUGGGCAAGGAUGACUACGACAAGAGGCCAAAGUCAUCCUAUGUGGACCCAGCGAGCCCUCAGCCAGCAAUGAGGCAGAGGUCCAGGUCAGGCUCUGGUCUGCAGGAGCCAGCCAUGCCCUAUGGAGCAAGCGCUUUUAAAACACACCAGCAAGGACAUUCCUACAGCUCCUACACCUACCCCCGCUUGUCCGAAACCGCAUCAGGCAUUCCCAAGGUGGAUUAUGAUCGAGCGCAGCUGGUCGUUAGCCCACCGCUCUCCGGAUCGGACACCUACCCCAGGGGCCCAGUAAAGCUACCUCAAAGUCAGAGCAAAGUCAGCUAUUCAAGCAGCAGCUACCAGUACCCUCUGGUCUACCACAAAGCAUCCCACUAUCACCAGCCGUCUCUCCAGCCCAGCUCUCCCUAUAUUUCCACUGCCUCCUACCCCAGCUCGCCAAGUAUCACGUCAAGUGCUUAUCCUCCACCCAGCUGGGGAUCCUCCUCAGACCAGCAGCCCUCCAGGGUGUCCCACGAACAGUUCAGAGCUGCCCUGCAGCUUGUGGUCAGCCCCGGCGACCCUCGGGAGUACUUGGACAACUUUAUCAAGAUCGGGGAGGGCUCCACGGGGAUCGUCUGCAUCGCCACCGAGAAGCACACAGGAAAGCAAGUUGCCGUGAAGAAGAUGGAUCUCAGGAAACAGCAGAGAAGGGAGCUGCUUUUUAAUGAGGUUGUAAUCAUGAGAGAUUACCAUCACGAAAAUGUGGUUGACAUGUACAACAGUUACCUUGUUGGUGAUGAGCUGUGGGUUGUGAUGGAGUUUCUGGAGGGCGGCGCUUUGACAGAUAUAGUGACUCACACGAGGAUGAAUGAGGAGCAGAUAGCGACCGUCUGCCUGUCAGUCCUGAGAGCCCUGUCCUACCUGCACAACCAAGGCGUCAUCCACCGCGACAUCAAAAGCGACUCCAUCCUUCUCACGAGCGAUGGGAGGAUAAAAUUGUCCGACUUUGGGUUCUGCGCCCAGGUGUCAAAGGAGGUUCCCCGGAGGAAGUCUCUCGUUGGGACGCCGUAUUGGAUGGCGCCGGAGGUGAUAUCCCGCCUGCCCUACGGCACCGAGGUGGAUAUCUGGUCCCUGGGCAUCAUGGUGAUCGAGAUGAUCGAUGGGGAACCUCCCUACUUCAAUGAGCCACCGCUGCAAGCCAUGCGCCGAAUCCGGGAUAACCUACCCCCCCGGGUGAAGGACAUGCACAAGGUCUCCUCGGUCCUCCGAGGCUUCUUGGACUCGAUGCUGGUGCGGGAGCCCUCGCAGAGAGCCACAGCACAGGAACUGUUGAGACACCCUUUUCUCAAACUGGCCGGGCCCCCUUCUUGCAUCGUGCCCCUCAUGAGGCAGCACAGGCAUCGCUGAAGCCAACGGCUCUUCAGGAGGAGGGUGGUGCAGAGUCUGGAUAACAACAGCGGUGCAGGAAUCCCGGUGGUUGUGUUUGGAACCACGGGCACGGACAAGCAAAACCUUGCAGAGGAAAACCGUGCCCGCAGCAGUAACACGGUAUAUAAAAACCCAUGGAGGUACUCUCUGGGGCUGCGAGGGACCAACGAGCCAUCCUGGCCACCAGCCGGGUGACCACACUCUGCCGUGGACCGUUGCUCCCCAGCGCUGUCGUCUUCUUGGCCACCCAGUCAGAAGGCGCCCAGUGCAAACAAGGUUGGAAAGAUAAUUAGUAGAGGAUAGCACAACCUGAGCAAAACACCAGAAUUUUAUUGCAGGCUAUGGCACUUCUGUUUCAGAAGAACACUUUUCUGACAAAAAAAAAAAAAAAAAAAAAAAAAAAAAAGCACUUUUUAAUCUUGGUCAUAGCAGCGCAAUGUAUUUUGCAAUGAAUUUGUAAUUUUCUGUACAGUACAUUUUGAUAAUUUGCAGUACUUUGUCAUGUAACUGUUGUGUUAGUUGAAGUAUUAAGUGUAACUUAGCAAGAAUUUGAGAAGAUAAAAGUUUCCUACUUUUUUAACCCUUUUGAAAACAGGAAAAAAAAAACAAACAAAAACCAAACCACCCCACAUUUAGGAAGUUGGAAGUUUUUUCAUAUUUUUCCAUGGGGGUGAGGAGAGCGCUCAUCCCGCCAUCAGGGGAGGCUGAAGGGGAGCAGGUGUCAGGGUCUCCCUCCCUGUUUCUCCGGUGGUGGGAGCCAACACCCCUAGCCUACCCUUGCUCCAGGGUCAUCCCUUCGUUUUACGCCACCGCAAAGCCAGUUCUGUUAUCACAAAAAUUCUCCGUUUUUCCUGUCACACUCUGGAAGCAGAAGGGGGUGGCGGGUUGUCCUCCAGAGCUCCCACAGACCCUUACGAUGCAUUACGAGAUGUUUGCCAUAUAGAAGAAGUCUUGCUGCUGUCUAGACCUUUUUGAAUGUUGAUGCAACAGUUGACUACUACGGUACAAUUUUGUGUUAUUUGUUGGAUGACUUUGCAUGUUAACUGUAGGCCUAAAUAGAUUUGCCUUUAAAAUUUUAGAAGUGCUUCAUAAUUAUUUCAGUGCUAAAUGAAUUUUAUUUAUUAACGAUCAGUUCUUUUUAAUUAUGUAUAUUACAAAAGCCAUGUUUUUCAAGGUGGUUUUUGGAUUUUUUUUCUUACUGACCUCAUUUUACGGUAUCAAUAAGAAACACAAAGCCAAUUUUGUGUUUCUAAUGCAGUUUCUGUCUUAGGGAAUUUCAUAGCGGAUAAGUUAAUUGUUAUUUAUUGUACUAAAUUAUAACCAAACAUCCAAACCUCGCAGGAGCUGUUUCUUAAAGGAUCUUCCUCCAGGAGAAAAGAAUUGCCAGUAGUAUAGAAGCUCCUUUAGUACUGCCCUUAAAAAGUUAAAAAAAUAUUUGAAGGGAGAGAAGCAAUUAUAAAAAAGAGAGGAUCAAUAUGAACUCGAACACUGAAUAAAUAUUAUUACAUCUGUGUGUCUUACACCCCGCUGCUUUCUCUUCUUAACCCUGUUUACACAUUUUAAGGAGACAUUAGAGAAAAUGUGUCUGGCUCCUGCCGCCCCGCCGCAGACGCAUGCCCGGGACCCACCCACAGAAACCCGUCAGGUUCUGAGGUGUUUCUAUUUUCUAGUCUUGACAACUCAGGAAAACAGGCUGCACCAGUAAAGGCAAACGACAUCCAGGCGAAACUGUAAUACAAGCCACAAAAGUAAACUUUUUUAACCAUCUUUGAAUAAAAAAGGGGUUGGGGUUGGUGGGGUUUUUUUUCUUCAAUUGUCAGCACAUUUUGGGCUGUACGAGUGAAGAAUUUUCUGCAACUUUCUUAUCAUUAGAUACUUUAAGCAGUAUUCAUCGAGUUUACGGAAAGUUUUGUCGAUUUCAAAGAGGUUUUUUUGUGAACACCAGCUUACUGGUGAGACAAAUGCACAUGCAAGUUCAAUAAAUUAAUUAAUAAACGCUUUAAUGUUCAGUGUGUUUGGUUU